AUGACAACCUCCAUCCCACAGUCCCCCACCGACGACGACAACAAGUCCUUUGACCUGAACCUGCAGCACGGCCACAAGGAUCUGGUGCAGGCGAUUGCGUUCAACGCGUACGGCGACCGAUGUGCGACGGGGUCAGUGGAUGGCAAGAUCCGCGUCUUCAACCGGCACAAGGAUGCGACGUGGAGGCUGUGUGAUUCGUGGAGCGCGCAUGGAGGAGAAGUUUUAGAGCUGCAAUGGCUGCCGUCCACGAUAUACCCCAACCUCAUAGCUUCUCUCGGCAUCGAGGGCUGGUUCCGCCUCUGGGCUGAGAACCCUUCUGCUGCGCCUGGCCGCCGCUUCUGCGCUGCGCGGUCUGUCAAUGGCCGACCAGCCUUUGACACUCGGUCGGCGCGGUCGCCAUACCGGUCCUUUUCGAUGAAGCACAACGAGGAGACGAGGCAGACGUAUCUGGCUCUCCUAGCAACCGACGGGCGGCUGACGGUGUACGAAAACGACCAGCCCGAGAAUCUAGCAGAGUACACAUCCAUUGACGAAUUCACGAUAUGCCCCAAGCCGAGCCGCGGCGAAGAGGUGUCCUUCAAGGUGCGCUUCGACCCGAACCCGGAGCCCUGCUACACGGCGCUGAGGGCGGGCGUGCCCUCGGAUGCGCUGGGGCUGGUGGUGGCGGGCAUGAACUCGGUGAAGGUGUACCGCUCGAGGGAGAUUGCGUCGGCGAGCUUCGGCGCCAACACGCUGCAAAAGGAAUUCUACCUGGCCGUCGAGAUUACGGGCCAUAGGGGGCUGGUGCGGGACGUGGCGUGGGCGCCGGGCAACAUCAGGGGCUACGACAUGAUUGCCACGGCGUGCCAGGACGGGUAUGCCAGGGUUUUCCGCAUCGACACGCCGUACUCGGAUAACGACGGGCGGUCGUGGGCGGCGUCGCAUCUGCUGAAGCCGGAUGGGCGUGCGCAGCAGCAUAGGGAGGCGUCGCCUACCACGACGACUUCUGCAAAGGAGGACAAGGAGAGCAAUACGCCGGGCAGCAACGUGCCUCAUCACCACCACCAGCCGUCGUCAACUCUCAGCGCCAGCCUCGCCAAGUCGAGCAACGUCGGCGAGCGCCAGUGGACAGGCCAGCCGGGGCAGAUCCCGCACGUGGCGCAGGAAGUCUCGCGGCUGGACAGCCACCGGACGCCGGUGUGGCGCGUGGGGUUUGACGACGACGGGCAGAUUCUGGGGAGCACGGGGGAUGAUGGGCGGUUGCUGUGUUAUCGCCAGAUGCCGGAUGGGCUGUGGGCCAAGAGCAGUGAGUUGGUGAUGAUGAAGACGAGGAUGGCGACGCCGUGAAAUUGAAUUUAGGAAUGAGAUGGGAUGGCGGGAAUGUGCGUUUUUUUUUUUUUCUUUUUUUUAGUAAAUGACGAGGUUUUUAUUUGGGGGAGUUUUUGGCGAAUAAGAAAUAGAUUAUAGUUUAAUACCAUUAACGAGAUUUUAUGAGAGGGAGGUGGUUUCAGAUAGCCUGAUGGUUUUUAUCGGGGUAUAUAGUAUGCUUAUGAUUUGAGAGCUGUUU